CUGCGUAGUAAUUGUUUGAAGGGGGGGGGGAAAUAAACCUCUCCUUGGAAAGCGCAUCAAUCAAUCAAUCAAUGCCAAAUCCCUCCGCUCUCUCCGACUUUCUUGCUUGCUGCCCUCUUUCCUGCUUCUCUCCCCUUCCUUCUUUCUUUCUACUUGCUGGCUUUACCCCUCUCAACUCCUCCUCCUUCUAUUCUCUCUCUCCUUCUUCUCUUCUCUGUGUCUUGCGCGUCCUCCCUCUUUGGACUUCCUUUUUCCAUCUCUCCAUCCCGUCUCCUCCUCUCCUCUUCUCUCCCUUCCUUCCUUCGUUUUCCGGAUCCACUCUCUUCUCCCCCCUCCCCGUCAUCAUCGAUCAUUGCACGACGGCUGAUGCGAUGUAAUCACCCGUGGACUUCCAGCUUGUCCCCUGUCGCCUGUCAACCUUGCUAACAUCCCUCUUUUUUCCAUCAAGCUUUUAUAUUCGUUUCAUGAAUUCCAGCUGUCCUGGGAACAAAUCAUGGACGUGGAUUAUCGAAUCUGACCUGUC